AUAUCCAAUCUCUUGACUCUCCUUAUUCUUCUUCCCAUUUACCUACCCCUCUCAUUUAGUUCCCAAUCCCACCCUUUCCUUUUCUCCAAACGUGAAUCUUUUACAUAUCGAAAUCCAUCCGUUCACUUUUACUUCUCUGUGCCUUUUGAUUUUUGCUUCUCCUCUAGAAAAGCAUAACCAAAGCUAAACGUCUUUCCUCUCUCAAUUUGUGCUCUCCCUCUCGAUUCUAUAUGACAACAAAGAGGGAGGAAAGGCAAGGCGACAUCAACCACACCAUCGACGGAGGUCAAAGAUUAUGCUGAGAAGUAAAUCUUUGCGAGGAACCAAAAGGUGUCUGAUUCUGAUGUUUGUUCGGUGUCGAGAAGAUAAUCUUUCCCGAGGGAGAUAGCAUCAGUGCUCGCAUAUUCAAUUGUGAAAGGAAUCGCCAAGCUUGCUGCUUCCUUACUUCGCAGGCAGUUGGUAGGUGGAAUCUCCGGGCCUCUUCUGGUGUCG